AUGUCAGCGCCAAAAUCGAAAAUAGAGGACCUUGGGUUUGAGGUACUCGCGGACGGAGUGGAUCCAAUCGUCGAUAUCGUUGCUAUCCAUGGUUUAGAUGGUCAUAGAGAAAAGUCUUGGACUGCGGAUAAUGGAGUAAUGUGGCUACGAGACCUCUUGGCCACUGACAUUCCCAACGCACGAAUCCUUACAUAUGGAUACGACGCCGACACCCGUAGCUUCGAGGUUACGUCUACACAAACAAUCUUUCGACAUGCCCAGAACUUUAUGAAAGCCCUCGCUCGCAAAAGGACAGGUGCUGCCCAACAAAGACCUAUAAUCUUCUUAGCCCACAGUCUUGGUGGAAUUGUCCUUAAGAAGGCUCUCAUCAUCGGUCAUAGUCAAAACUCGAAUGCGGAUAGUCAGCUACAUGACAUCUUGGCGUCAACUCAUACUGUCAUAUUCUUCGGGACACCUCAUGCGGGCGUCAAGGGGAUCGAUCUUCUCCAGAUGGUCAACCGAGUUAUAUCAAUCUACAUGAAGACCAACGAUAUAGUCUUGAGACAUUUGAAAGAACACUCCUCGGAGCUUGAAGAAACACAAUCCAUGUACCUCGAUGCGAGCAAGGACAUCCACAACGUAUACUUCUAUGAAGUAUACAGUACUCCGACCAUUGCAGGACGAAGAGACAUGAUCGUACCGUAUCACUCUGCCACCAUCGCUGGAGAGAGGGAUGCGACCAUAGAAGGACUGUCCGCCGAUCACGUACAGAUUGUCAAAUACCAUGGAAAGACCGAUGCAAAGUAUGACACCGUUCUUUAUUACCUCAGGGAGGCUCUGGAGAAUAACUUGAACCUCGAGUGCAGCAUCAUCGCCAUACAUGGCAUCAAUGGUCACAGAGAGAACAGUUGGACCGCAGAUAAUGGGACAAUGUGGUUGCGAGACAUCUUGGGCGCGGAUGUCCCAAAUGCACGCAUCCUUACCUAUGGGUAUGACGCCGACACCACUGGUUUCGAUGUCACGUCAACGAGCACGAUCGGUCGUCACGCUGGUACAUUCAUAGAAGCACUAGCAAGACAAAGAUUGAAUGCCAAACAGAGACCUAUUAUAUUUCUAGCACAUAGUCUCGGUGGAAUUAUCCUCAAAAAGGCCCUUAACAUCUGUCAAGGCAAAAAUGUUGGGUCAUAUAACCACCUCCGUGACAUCUUGGUGUCGACUCACGCUAUAUUAUUCUUUGGAACUCCUCACUCUGGUGUGAAAGGGGUCGCAUUUCAAGUUAUGCUCAAUCGAAUAUUAUCGGUUUAUAUGAGGUCAAACAAUAAAAUUCUCAAGCACCUGGAAGAGCACUCGUCCGAGCUCGAAGACAUCCAGUCCGCAUAUCUUUCAACGAGUGAAGGGAUCAAAAACAUGAUCAAGUACCGCGGUAAAACCAAUGUCAACUAUGAAACUGUUCUCCACUACCUCAAAGAGGUCUUCGGCGAUGCAAACAUAACAGUAGAAGGAAAGUGGCUUCGAGAGAGGAGCCUCCGAAGUCUUUCGGAUGUGGACCACGACACUGUUCUCAUAUGA